AUACCUUCGGGAUUAACUAGCAACUUAUUACAAAGUGAGACACAUCAACAACCUUUUCGUAGCAAUGGCGGCUAAGAUGUUUGCCCUCUUUGCUCUCCUUGCCCUCUCAAUGAGGGUUGCUACUGCAUUCACUGUUCCACAAUCCUUUCAACCUAUCUCACCUGCUAUUCCACUACUUUUCCCACCAACAUUAGCUGCGGCAGCUGCACACCCAUGCGCACAGCACAUUGCACUGCAGCAGGCACUCACGUCAGGCAUCUCCAUCUCUUCGGCCAUUACCAUUCAACAGCGGUUGGCCUCCCUGCAGCAGCAGUGCCUGGCACAACUAGCAAUCCAGAGCAUCACAACAGUACAACAGCAACAGAUAUUUAACCAAGUGGCCAACCCUGCCGCCUACUUGCAACAGCAACAGUCGCUACCGUACUUGUUCAACCAGCUCGCUGCGAACCCUGCUGCCUUUUGGCAAACACAACAACUACUACCAAGCUUGUUGAACCAAAUCAAUGUGGCGAACCCUUCUGCCUUUUUCCAGCAACAACAACAGUUGCCAUACUUGUUGAACCAGCUUGCUGCUGUAAACCCUGCUGCCUUUUGGCAGAUACAGCAGCUGCUACCAAGCUUGUUGAGCCAGAUCGCUGUGACGAGCCCUACUGUCUUUUUCCAGCAACAGCAGCAGUUACCGUACUUGUUUAACCAGCUUGCUACCGUGAACCCUGCUGCCUUCUGGCAGGAACAACAGCUGGUGCUAAACCUAUUCAACCAACUAGCAGCAACGAGCCCUGCAGCUUACUUCCAGCAAGCCCUCGUUCGUGGCGCCAUCUUCUAAACAGUCCAUGAGUUGUAAUAGGUCAAUAAAAGGUCACAUGAGAGCAUAUGUGAUUGAUAAGAAAUAAGCAAAGUAUUAUUAAGGCAUUGCCAUUUUAUUUUUA